AUGAAGUUGUUGCUUUGGCUUACCGCCGCCCAUGUUGCGCAGGCCGCGGGAAGACAUGGGAUAAUGAAAAAGAGGCAGGCAGAGGUUGAGGGGGUUGCUCAUGCGCUCAAGUUCGAAGGACUGAGGCUGUCUUAUAUCACCGAGACUGAAACUGCUACUCAAAAAGUUACCGAGACAGAGACGGCGACUGUUGUGCAGACUGUCCAGGGCGAGGCUGAAGCUGCCGCUGGCGAGGUUGUCACCGUUACCAUCAACGCACCUCCAGUUACUGUCACCGAAACCAAGACUGAAGUCGUCAACCAAGUCCAAACUCAAUAUGUCACUCAGCCUGUCGUUGAAACCGUUACUCAGGCUCAACUCGUUACAGUCAUCAUUCCAGGAGAAGCACCAGCGCCUGUUACUGUAAUCCACACCGUGCAAGCCCCCGCAGAGUCUGAUGAUGCUCUUGGUCGAAAGUUCAACCCUGGCGUCACUACGAUCCCCAUUCCCGAGAGCCUUUUGCCCAAGACGACACUCGCAUCGGAUCCCUUUGCGGUGGUCGGACCAAUCAGAUCGGAAACUAUUGUUCCUCAGCAACCUUCCAGCACUGUUAACCCUGUUGCGAAUCCUGCCCCCACGGCGGUUGCUCCUCAAGAGCCCAGUUCUGCUGGGCAGCCCGCCACGACUCAAGUUGCGCCUGUAGAACCCAGUUCUAUCGAGACGCCUACGACGACACAGCCUGCAGUUUCCAAACAACCUACUACUUCUGCUGCGCAACCCGCUACUACGGAGUCCACCGCUCCUCAGCAGCCUGCCAGCUCCAUCGAAGAACCCAUGGUUGAACCGUCUUCCACACAAGGAGGACAGCAGACAUACGCUCCUUCAAUGGAACUCGGCAAUAUGGGCCCCGACACCACAGGAAGACUCGCACAGCCCGCUCUCGACGGAACCAAGCCCACGACGACUGCCAACGCGGAGUCAGCUUCCAGGACACGAGCCCCCAUCGAUUUGUCCGACCCUUCAAAGCUCAGCAGCGCGCUCAACCUAGGCAACUUGGUAGGAGGAAACGGUGCCCUCAAGGCUCGCGCCACUGGCACGCCAUGA